AUGACGAUCUCGAUGACGAAUGCGGAUCAAAAUCGAGACGACAAAGUGUCCAGAGGGAACAACAACAUCACCCCGAUUAAAAUCAGAAAAGUUAUUCCAAAAACGGAGGACAGACGAGACAAAACGACUUCUCCGGGGAAUCAUCAUCAUCAGCGCUCGGAAGAAGAAGACCAAGAAGACUCAUCGCCUCAAUCGCGAUCGCGUUCGAUGACCGAAGAUGACGAUCAGGUGUUAUUAAAUUCGAGAGGUCAAAGUCCGAGGAGAAAUUUACAGUUCACGACGGCGACGAGCAACAACAGUCGAGAAGGAUCGUCCGUGGCGAGUUCGGAGGAGGAUUUGCAGGUUGCGAAUGGCGAGCGGAUUCGAGGAGAAUCGUCGUCGUCGGGGAAUAAGAACGAAAACGAUUCAGACGAGAAUCCUGAAGAGAGAACCAACAUAAUAAACAACGGAGGAGAGAGUAAACAACAAAAUCAAGGUAUUAAAAGCAACGUCGUGCAACGGAUGGGAAGAUGUUCGUCCACUUCGUCUAUGAUAAGUUCGACGGCGAAAACGGACGAGUACGGAUUUCAGACCAAGCCGUGCACCGUCGCUCGAUUGGACGGGUAUUGUUACGGGUUUCCGGUGGACGAGAGGAAAGAGAAGGCGUACUCGAAAGCGAGGAAACAGUUGAUGAAACAAAAAGACAGAGCGAGCGAGAGUUACGCGAGGUACUCGAAAGCCAGGAAGGUGUGGAAAGAGGCGAAGAGGACGAGCGGGAGUUCCGGGAGUAGCGUGACCAACGUCACCAACUCGGCUAUAAACGAAGCGUUGAAUCAGUGCCAACGCGAAGUUGCCAGAAACGGUUUACCGGAGAAAAAGAGAGCGAAAGCGUGGUUGGACGCGUUAUCCGUGAAAUCGAAGCGGGAUAAUUGCGAGAAGACGUACGAGGAGUACUCGCAAUUGAGCGAAAGAGAACGAUUCGAUCGCGAACGCGCGAGCGUCAGAGUAGAUUUGAUCAACGUGUUUCCGGAUCAUCCGAGAUACUCGCUAGGCGCCAUCGACUCGAUGAAAGAACGCAAAGAAGAAGGAGAAGAAGAAGAAGAAGAAGGAGGAGAAGAAGACCAAAAGAUACAGCACGAAUUAGUUACUGAAUCGUUAGAUAGGUUGAGAUCGAGUAGCGCGCGCGGCCAAUCGUCGAUGACGAGUAGCGGGAACGAGUCUUCGAGCGGCGGCGAAAUGUAUAGCAACUCCGCCAGCCCAAGAUUUUCGCAACAUCAAAAUCACAUCCAAGCGAUGAACAGUUUUGGAGAGACUUUCGUCGGGUCGCCCCCGCGUUCGCCCCACGGGUUGAGAGGCUUUAAAAAAGAAGACGACGAAGAAGGCGUCUUCGUCUUCGAAGGCGACGCUCUUAAACGAACGACGAGUAGCGAAAGUGAUGGCACCUCAAACGAUAGGGACGAUACCGCUGAUACUACUAAAGAGGAACCGCAAAACGCAAUCAUGCAACUCUUGACGGGUUCUUUCUUUGAGAAAUUGAAUAUGUUCCCGGCGCGAGUAUCGAGCAUCAAAGAGGAGGAAGGGAGAGAAGGUAAGAAGAAAGCGAACAACAACAACAACGACGACGACGACGAAGAUGAAGAAGAAGACGACGAAGAUCAAUUUAGAUUACCGGAAAACUAUAUGGACUCAACAUCAUUACAAUAUUUCGGGAAAAUGGAACGUGUUUUGAUGGCUUUCAGCGCGCGCUCGCCGAGAGAUUUGGAAAAAUCACACGUCGUCGCAGCGGCAAUGUCUUUGCUCGUUUUCAAAGGCAACGAAGAGAAUGCGUUUUGGACGUUAGUGUGCCUCGCUGAAGACGUCAACUUGUUUUUGGACGAAGCAGAAGUGACGACGGAGACGAUUGUGUUGGAGGAGCGAACGAGACACAACUCUUCCUUGGAACGCGUGCAUACUAAUUUGGUCGGGAAGAUCUUCACUCGCAUAGGCGCUGGAUUCUUCCCGCCAAACGUCGUCUUACGAAUCUUGGAUGCGAUCAUCCUCUCUCCACCGCCGUUGUCCUCUCGCUUACUUCAUCACAUCGCGUAUGAGUUCUUAUUUCAUCACGGCGAAAAGUUAAAAGAUGAAGAGAGGACUUUAGAAAUCGCCACGGAGGCGUUCGACUGCGACGAGUUAAUCAUCAAUGGCAUGAAGAUGAUGAGCGCGACGGAAACGAUGAAAAGUAAUUUGUCCUUACGGAUUCUCGCCAGACAGCGGGUUGAACGCUCGAGCGGUGGCUUUUGCGGUCCAGACAAAGGCUGGUCAGUCUCGUUGGUUUCCGCCAAGAGAAUGAAAGAUGGCGACGUGUCUUCCAAGAAGAAGAAAAUGUUUGUUCCAACCAGCGGUUGGAGCAGCGACGAGGACGAGGCGAUCAUGAAAGCCACCCGAAGUUGCGAUUUCUUCGGACAUUUUUCGCCGUUGCGAAAUCGCAGGAAGUCGCAAGAUGAUUUUCUCCGGGAGGAAGAAAAGAAACAGCAAUCGCGAAGCGUUCAAGAAGUCGUCAACGAGAUCAACGAGUCGGGAUCAGAACUUGAACGAAAAAAAAGCGAGGACCCGCUGAUGAUGACCUUAUCGCCGGUGAAAACGAUUCCUUCGCAAGACACUCUGAAUGAAUCUGCGGAUAUCAUGCGGUACAAAUUCGUCAUUCGAGGCCCGAACGAUGUCACGUGUACGAUGUACCGUAACCGCGCCGAUCUCGUGCGUUUACACGAGAUUUUAUGCGAGAGGAAAAUCACGGCGCAGCUCUCCAUGUUGAGACUCCCGAAAUCAUUCACGAACAAGUUAACCGCUGGAAUCACCAAAACCGGUUUCAACGAGUCGCAAGAGUAUUUCGUUCGCCUCUCGAAAGCGGGCGUUCCCGGGUUGCAGAAAGUCUUCGAAGAGUUUUUCGAGCUCGACUCGCCGGAUUUGAACGAGUAUUGCUACGAGUCCGACGAUACGCAAGGCAGCUUUGAUGAUUACUAA